GCGGUUUUUAAGCCCGUGGACGAGGAACCCCUGGCGAGGAACAACCCGCGGGGCCGCAACGUGGCCCCGGCUUCGGGCGAGGGUUUGCGCAAGGGAACCCGCGUGGGCGAAGGGGCCUCCAGGGAGGUUGCCGCGUACGUCCUCGACCACGACGGAUUCGCGGGGGUACCCGCGACGUCCUUCGCCAACCUCGGCGAGCAGUUCCACGGCACGGACGGCGAGGACCUGUCCGCGCUUCACGGCAAGCUGGGCUCGUUUCAGGCUUACGUGCACGGCGCCACCGAGGCUGAGGAGAUGGGACCGCACAAGUUCCCGGUGCACGAGGUUCACAAGAUCACGCAGCUCGACAUCCGGCUGGCAAACACCGACCGUAACGCGGGCAACAUCCUCGUGCAAAAGUCCGAGGAUGGCGAGCUGAAGCUGGUGCCCAUCGACCACGGCUACGCGCUCCCGCACACUCUCGAGGAUGUCUGCUUCGAGUGGGAGUUUUGGCCCCAGGCUAAGCUCCCGUACUCGGAGGAGACGCGCGAGUACAUCGCCGACAUCGACGUGGAUGCCGACAUCGAACUCCUCCGCGAGCAGGGCAUCGAGCUCCAGCCCAGCUCGGAGCGCGUCCUCCGCGUGUGCACCACGCUGCUCCAGCGCGCGGCCGCCAUCGGCUGCUGCCCCGCGGACAUCGCGGGCAUGAUGUCUCGGCCGAUGCCCAACCGCAUGUCCGACCUCGAGAAGCUCGUGUCCCGGGCGGCGUCGUCUGCGUCCACAGCU